AUCAUCAUUCUCCCAUAUCAUCCUAUAAUAAUGUGGCCACAUAUGCUCCCGGCAGGCCCAGUUAUUCAGGAAAGCUUAGUAGUACACACUCUGCAUCCUCUCCGAGAGGCUGUUCUUCGCACACCUAGAACCUACACUUCAAUAUAACCUAAGCUUCCUUUGGAAGUACAAGCCCAGUUGGCUCUCUGUCUUCAGAAGAUCAUGACUUUGAUCCGACAGCAGAGAUGUUGGUCCAUGACUAUGACGAUGAGCAAACUUUGGAGGACGAGGAGAUGCAGGAGGAAGGGACAAGCGUCAGCGCUGAAAUAGCAGAUUUGGAGAAGGAGGGCAACAUGCCACUGGAGGAGCUGCUGGCUAUGUAUAGAUACGAAGCAUCAAUUGGCACCGCUGGAGGGUCCAGUGUGGGCGGCUCUUCUGUUGAACUUACGGACGAGCUACCUGAUAUGACAUUAGAUAAAGAAGAAAUAGCAAAAGAUCUUCUGUCAGGUGACGAUGAAGAAACGCAGUCCUCAGCUGAUGACCUCACACCCUCGGUGACAUCCCAUGAAACCAGUGAUUUCUUCCCCAGAACACUACGUUCUAAUGCUAUUUACGAUGGAGACAAGGAAUCGGAGGGUGAGGAAGAUGGUGUGUGUCCUGAGGACACCAGGAAGGAAAUCAUGGUCGGGUCCCAGUAUCAAGCUGAAAUCCCUGCCCUUGUCUGUUACUACGAUGCCAAUGAAAAAGUGUAUGAGAAUGAAGACCAGUUGCUAUGGCAACCUGAUGCCCUGCCAGAGCAGACGGUGAAAGACUUCCUACAUGACACUUCCGCCCUAGUAGUUAAUGGGAAGGUGGGGCCUGCGCUGGAGAGUGGUCUCGUUCAAGACAACGAGCAGGCCUUGUAUGAGCUUGUGAAGUGUAACUACACCGUCCAUGAUGCACUGGAGCGUUAUCACCGGAGUGAAAAGUCCUCUGAGGGUGAAAUGCCUCCCUGGUCAGAAGAAGAAUGCAGAAACUUUGAACUUGCGCUCCUCCUUUAUGAGAAGAACUUUCACCUCAUCCAGAAACAUAAGGUGAAUACAAGGACAGUCGCUGAAUGUGUCGCCUUCUACUACAUGUGGAAAAAGUCGGAACGAUUUGACUUCUUUGUCCAACAGAACCGGUUUGGGAAAAAGAAGUAUAGCAGCUACCCUGGUGUAACGGAUCUGAUGGACAGGCUGGUGGAUGAGGCUGAAGGCUUGGUGGUAGACGGGUCGGCCUCUGUGUGCUCCAGUAGCAGUGGAGGAGGUCGGAUGGAGUACUCGGCAGAGCACCAGCUCAACCUCCUUAACUCUAUCACGGCCAGCGACCUCUCUGUGUUGACCAGCAGUGUGGCGUCUGUAUGUAACCCGUCUGACGUGGGCUGCCUGGAGUCCUACAGCUUUCCUACGUUAGAGGGCCUCCACCGGGGCUCCCUGAGCCAUGACGAGUCCCUGGGAUUCAUCCCCAAUGGCGCAGGAGACCCCGACUGCAUCAACCUGCUGGACGCCGGCUUCUACCACUCCGACCUGGGUCAGUUGGCCUCCUGCACGGACGACUACGACAGACCCCCCUCCAAGCGCCUCAAAAUGAGCUUGCCCGAGGCCACUGUAGAAAAUCUGGGCCUGGAUUCUGAGGCACGCCCGCAUCCUAUCACGAGCAGCAAGAUGGCAGUGUCGGUGACAGACUUUGGCAGCCUAGUGACUGACGAGGCCAACGGCUACAUUGGAACACGACCAUGCACACACAAGACACCGAACAGACUCAAUUCUUCAGGGCAUGGACUCUACAAGGUGUCGAAAGCAUUCCACAGGGAUCCUGACAGUUGUGUCAAGUUGGCUGGAUGUCCUUUGGGUGAUGGACCAUUCUUGAUACACACUGGAAACUGUUGAGCUUGAAAAACGUAGCAGUGUUGCAGUUCUUGACACACUCAAACCCGUGCACAUGGCAGCUACUACCAUACCCCGUUCAAAGGCACUUAAAUAUUUUGUCUUGCACAUUCACUGUCUGAAUGGCACACAUGCACAAUCCAUGUCUCGAGGCUCUCCUCCCUUUAAUCUACACUGAUUUUGAAGUGGAUUUAACAGGUGACAUCAAUAAGGGAUCAUAGCUUUCACUUGUAUUUACCUGUUCAGUCUGUCAUGGAAAGAGCAUGUUCCGUACGCUCAGUUUAUAUGAUAUACAUAUGUUUUUUUAUUAUGACAUCAGUGAUGUCUUCUUGUACAGCAAAAAAAAAUAUUGAAUAUAGCCAUUUAUUUUUCCGUCCGGAAUUUUGGGAAAUGCCCAUUUGUGUCCGAAUACUGUGUGAACGGAACUACUGGUGGGAGAUUUGUGCUUUUGGGGGUCUGUUCCACAUCAGUGGAUCCCAUGAGCGUUAUCCUUCAAGUGUUGGCAAAACUCACCACGACAUCUGACGAGUUCUCUUCCUCGCUGGUGUAUGAGCAGCAUUCUCUCACCAUUGCUACUUUCCCAGUGUUUACAGGUACCAACGACCUGGCCCUAAAUGUAGCAUUUUGUAAGAGGGUCCCCAGGUUUUGUAUAUUUUGUACAGAUGUGCUACUUGUCAUCCAUGUGCAUAACACUUUUUUGUAAAUGUUUGCCUCUGUAUGUGUAUCCUUUUAUUUAACUAGGCAAGUCCGUUAAGAACACAUUGUUAUUUACAAUGCCUGCCUACCCUGGCCAAACCCAGAUGACGCUGGGCCGAUUGUGCGCCGCCAAAUAUACUGUAAAUAAAGAGAUGUAUAUUCUG